AUGAAUGGGAAAGAUGCUUUCGGAUCCCAGGUCACUGAAAAAGUAUUUCCACCAGAGCAGCCUUUGUGGGGUGACCGUGUUUACCACGGUGAGUUCCGGGUUCAGUUCUGGCAGAACGGGCGCUGGAUAGAGGUACGGGUGGAUGACCAACUGCCCUGUAUCAAUGACACUCUCUGCUUUUCACGAUGCCAGAGCCCUAGGGCAUUCUGGGUAGCACUUUUGGAGAAAGCUUAUGCCAAGUUACAUGGUUCGUACGAGCUUUUGUGGGCGGGGCAAGUAUGUGAGGCAGUUGUGGACUUGAGUGGAACCAUAGCAGUACGAUGGAAUCUAAAAGGGGCGGAGUCUCCACAACAGCCCAACGACUCCCAGACUCAACACACACCUAAUGGGAUGAGACUAUCUGAACUCUCACUGGAGCUGAAGGAGCGAUGUGCCAUCGGCUGCUGUGUCCACAGCGCCCCCACAGGAAUCCCAGAGCUUGGUCAGUUCCACGCCAUGAGUGUGAUGGAGUGGACAAAUGUGACAACCACUACAGGUGAACAAGUGGAGCUGAUCAGGAUACGAAACCCCUGGGGCAGGAGGAGCUGGACCGGCGUCUGGAGAGAGAGUGGAACAGGUUGGGCUUCUCUGGAGCCCUCCUGUUCCCAGGCUCUACUGGGCCGCACGGCAGAGGGGGAAUUCUGGAUGGACGAGACAGAAUUCCAGCAGGAAUUUGAUGAGGUUACAGUAGGCUAUCCCCUCAGUGAUGCAGGACACCUCCAAAGCAUCUACACAGGAAGCUAUCUAACCCACAGCCACCAAAUUGGAGGUCGCUGGGCCAAAGGUCACACUGCAGGCGGUUGCCGUAACAAUAACACUUUUAGUAUCAACCCUAAGUUCUGGUUAAAAGUGUGUGAGAGAGGGGAAGUGUUGCUGUCAUUGCUGCAGUACAGACAUCCUGAACCACAAGCAGAGGGCGGCACUCAGCAGCACUCACACCUCCAGGCCAUUGCACUGCAUGUGUGGAAGGUGGAGAAGAAACACUUUAACCUGAUGCGGACGCUGAACAAUCCACCGCUUGUGUCGCACACGCAUGCGUACAAUCGGGAAGUGGUAGUGCACACUCACCUGAAUCCUGGUUUUUAUCUGUUGGUGCCUAGUACCUUCCUGCAGGGAGCGGAGGGCCGGUUCCUUCUGAGAGUUCAUUCUUCCUGCUCUACCUCUCUCAGUGUGAUGAAAUCCCCUCCUCCUCUUCAGCACUGUUCAGCGGGCGAGUGGGAAACCAUCAUCUCUCAUGGCUGUUGGUCCGUUGGUUCUACUGCAGGAGGAAGUCGCAACUUCACCACACAUGGACUCAACCCCCGUAUACCCUUUACUGUGACCUAUGACCCUGGAGGUAACAACGUAAAGGUCACAUUAUGCCAAAACAGGCCUGAAAAUUCCCUCCAUGCCAUCGGCUUUCAUAUUUAUAAGGUACCUGAUGGUGACUCUCUUUUAAGCCCUGGUGCAAUGUCUCCGGUGGUUAGCUGUGUACCUCAUGCCCACUCCCAGGAGGUCAGUGUGUUUUGCCGUCUACAGCCAGGCAAGUACAUCAUAAUUCCCUCCACCUACCAGCCAGAACUCAGCGCCCACUUCACGCUCACUUUUACAUGCAGGAUAAAUCGGAAAGCAAUGCAGAGUCAAGAGCUUCUGGGCCAUGCCGUUCAGGAGGUCUCCUGUAUCUCUGUGAUGAGACGAUAGGAAGUGGAUCAUGUGAGUCUUGAAAGUCUUGAGAUGAAAGUCUUGCCCUCCAUCCUCAGGACAGGAGUCUCAUGGUGUGUAGUAUGUGGCUCUGCACAGCCUCAUCCACCCUAAUGGGAGCCAUCGGUGCAAUUCACUUACCACAAACAGCUACCAAAAUUCACCAGCGGUGGAUAAAUCAUAGUAUACCAUAGUAUAACAGGACCACUGUCCUGUUGAGGCAAGUUGGAGCUAAACUCUGCAGGACACCGGCCCUCCAGGACCGAGUUUGGAGACCCCUGGUAUAAACUGUUUAGGGAUUUGUCACAACGGUUGCCUAGUCUUUCAACAACCGCCCUCUAAGAAACAUGUUACAUACUGUACUAUAAAUGUGUACUGAUGCCAGACUUAUUUAUUAUGAAUUAUUUAUUAUGAAUGAUUUUUGUCCAAGUUGCAAAAAAGGCGAAAAUAAUCAACUAAAAAGCAUUUUUAAGUAUCUCAUUUACUAGAAUAUCGAAAACAGGCAUUACCACGUAGUUAGGCAUUACCACUUUUAUAUUCACACAGAUUUAUACUACCAUCAUGAUAUGUAAAUUUCAGUGAAAGA